CCGAUUAAGACGCAAACUGCUUAGUUAUUACCAUAGAUACACAGCAUUUUGCUGUCUUACAGCAGUGCUCCAGACUCCGUUGCAAUUUCCUUCUUCGCUCCUCGACAGCCCAUCACUCAAACGAUGGCCAAUAAUACGAGCGACGUCAAGGAACAAGUGAUUGCCUUGCUCUGCGGAGACGCAGACCCAUGGACUUGGGGAGGUGUUGACGCUUCGUGUCGAUUUACAUUUGAAAAAGAUGGGACAGGAACAAUCAGCUGCGGGGAGAACCAACAUGAUUGGUUUGCCGUCGAAUCUAACUGGUCAUUCACAGGAGAACCAGUCAAGGUUGACAACGACACCUGGAAAUUCACCGUCCAGAUGACCCUCACCACCCGCAUUGCCCCAGUGUACCACGACGAAAACCCGUGGCUCACAGGUGCCGCGCUUCAGGACCAUCUGCAGAACCCUCCACCUCCAAGCAAAGCUCCUUUCCCAUGGUCGCCGCUGCACAGUGCCGCCUUCAACCCCAAGCACUAUACACUCACGCUCUCGCGCGGCCGCUUCAUCGAGCCCUUCCACUACUUCAUCAAGAGGUCCUAUCCCCUCUUCCAAUUUGGGAACUAUGGAUCAAGUCGCUUUGCUCCCAACCGCUACGCGAGUCAGCUUGCAUUUGACGUAUCGCCGUACCCGCCGCGCAUGGAAUGGGCAGAGUCGUGGGAAUACGGUAGUCUGGGGCUAAGUUUGGACUUCCAUCAGCACUGGGAAAAGAAGGAAUUUGUGCGGGACGCAAUUGCCAAAAAGGACGAGACGUGGGCGGAGACGCUAGAUCUAGGGUGGUGGUUGAGUCCGGCCGUCGGAGACGCGUACAAGAGGGGCAUGACGUAGGGGCAGAGAAGAGCAGCAGGACUUGAAAGUGUAGCACGCAGUAUCGAGUGUAAAACUGUACAAUGACCGUCGGGACGAGAGCUGGUUCGCCCAUUACUUGUCCGUCUAGAUUAACUCCCGCUUCAGCAGCGGGUCUUACUUCCGGCAACUGGCCAGCAAUCAUUUUCCACGCUUGCAACGAAGCUCUGGAGAUAUUUGGUGAUUCUCUAAUCUUUCCCCCCACAUUUAUGUUUUGCUUGUCGAGGUUCCUUCG